AGAAAGUUCAGUUCAGCUCCUGUUCAACAGAAUAAACUGAAAGAAGAGCUUUGAAUAACAGGGAAGUAUGGAUUCAGUCGGAGUGAAUGUGAUUAAAACUGCAGCUCUUGGGAGAUCCUUCGAGUUGGGUAUGCUGUACGACUGCAGAAAAGACGCAUUAAUACCAGGUUUUAGAUGUUGGAAACCAGAGGAUAUUCAGAAGAAUAUUUCCUCUCGCAGCCAAAUUACUACAAGAUUCAAAGUCACAGCUUCAGACUCCAUUAAGGAUAAAUCUAAAUUACUAAAUAUUGGUGGUGAAUUGAAACUGAGUCUUUUAAGUGGACUCAUCAGUGUUAGUGGAGCAGCAAAGUAUCUCAAUGACACCAAGAAGUCUUUCAAACAGCAGAGACUAACGCUACAUUAUCAUUCAACCAGCAAGUUUAAAGAACUGAUCAUUAACCAACUGCCUACUGAAAAUAUUCCUGAUGAUGAUAAUGAUAUUGCCACACAUGUAGUGACAGGAAUACUGUAUGGAGCAGACGCCUGCUUUGUGUUUGACAGAGAAGUUUCAUCUGAUGAGGACAAAACCACAGUAGAUGGAGAAGUAAGCGUGGCUCUAGAUAAACUAAAAGGCAUCGCUUCAGUAGCUGGAAGUGCUAAUCUGAGCAUGAAUGAAGACCAACAAUCUUCAGUCAAAAACUUCACAUGUACAUUUUAUGGUGACUUCCAGUUACAAUCUAACCCAGCCUCUUUUGAAGAUGCGAUGAAUGUUUUUGCUGAUCUUCCAAAACUACUAGGAGAAAAUCAAAAGCUGGCAGUUCCUCUGAAAGUUUGGCUUUGUCCUCUGAACAAACUUCACUCAAGAUCUUCAAAACUUCUGAAGGAGAUCAGCAUGGAUCUAAUCAUGAAGGCUGAAUCAGUGAUUGAGAGUUUAAAUACAGCUGAGAUGAAAUGCAGUGAUCUUCUAGAAGAUUCUCCUGCUCAGACAUUUGAUGCAUUUCAUGAUAAAAUUCUGGAAAUGAAUCAAAACUGCAACACGUAUAAGUUGUCACUGGUGAAGAAACUCGGCUUUCUGCUGCCAGACAUCCGCGGGGACAAGAUGAAGGAAACUGCACUGAAUGAUCUUCUAGAAGAAAAUGACAAAUCUCCUUUCAGAGGAAGUGAUCUUGCAGAGUGGCUGGAAGAAAGAGAAAGAGAGUCUGAGAUCAUUAAAUCAGUCCUUGGACGCCUAAAGGAUUAUGGUGCACAGGUGGAAGACAACAUUGAUGCCAUCUGGAUGGGCCUGGAUGUUGGAAACCUGUUGUGUUACACGUUUACAUCACUGGACUGCUCAGAUGUGCUUCUUUCUAAACAAACUGCCUACUUGAGUCCUUCAACACAAGGAGAAGCUGAACAGAAGAUCCCUGAUUCAAAGCAAACUUCUUGGCUCACUGCUGAGAUCAAAAAUACCAUGAAGAGAAACCUGAAGAUAUUUAAGAACUUGAUCAAUUCAGACAGCGGUGAACAAGACAGGUUCAUUGUGUCAUCAAGAGAAAUGGAGAAUAAUCCUGGUUCCUGCAUUCUCCUGUAUGAACAUGGAUGUGAAGAAGCUGUUUGCUUUACUCCUCCAUCCAAACCAGCCUGUCCAAUCACUGAAGAGGUCAAAGGUCAGAAUGUGGUUCUGAAGGUUCCUCCAUCAUGUCCUGCUACAAUGGAGCUCAGAUUACUGUAUAAAGUGAAGCAGGACACAGUCUGGACAUCUGAACCUGUGCUGAAGGAUCAACACACAGUUACUCUGACUGAUCUGAGAGCAGGAACUGAGUAUGAGAUCAAAUGUGCAGCGCUGGGGAAACUCAACUACACCAUAGACAGUGACGUGAUCAGAGUUAAAACAGAGAAAAGUACAAGGAACAGAGAAGGUACAGCACACAGUGAUGAUGUGAGGAUUGUGCUGCUGGGAAAGACGGGUGUUGGGAAAAGUGCAACGGGAAACACCAUACUGAGACGAGAAGCUUUUAAAUCAAUACUGGCUUCACGCUCUGUGAAAGAAACAUCUGAGCUCAACAGAAGACAGAUCACUGUGAUCGACACUCCAGGCCUUUAUGAUACUGGAGUCGAUAAUGCUGAAACCAGGAAGGAGAUUGUGAUGUGCAUCUCAAUGGCGGCACCUGGUCCACAUGUGUUUCUGCUGGUGCUCCAACUGGGACGAUUCACUCAAGAGGAGAAAGAUAUAAUAAAGAUGAUCCAUGGGACAUUUGGAGACAAAUCCAGAAUGUACACCAUGGUGCUUUUCACCAGAGGAGAUGAACUAAGAGAAAGAAAGAUUCAAGAUUACAUUGAAGAAGAUGAAAGUUUAAUGAACCUCAUCCAUCAGUGUGGUCACAGAUACCAUGUGUUGAAUAACAAUGAUACUGAAGAUCAUAAACAGGUUUCCGAGCUUCUGGAUAAGAUUGACUGUAUGGUGGCAGCAAAUGGAGGGAGUUUCUACACCAAUGGGAUGUUCCAGCUGGUGGAGAAGAAAAUCAAAGAGGGACAAGGGAGAAUACUGAAAGAGAAAGAAGAAGAGAUCAAGAGAAGAGAAGAAGAGCUGAGAGCCAACUAUGAAGCUGAAAUAGAACAAAUGAAGAAAGAAAAUGAGAUGGAUAGAAAAAAGAUUCAGAAUGAUCUGAGAAAAAGAGAAGAGGAGUUUAAAAAGAGAGGACAAGAAAUCCAGAAAGAAACGGAUAAGACUGUACAAAAAGAGAUGAAGAGAAAACUGGAGAAGGAACAAAUAGAAUUUGAAGGGGAGAAUAAAAGAAAAGAAAAAUCUCUAGGAGAACAACAACAGUACUUUAUAAAAUAUAUGGAAGAAAAACAUGAGAAAGAAAAACAAAAGCUCAAGGAGAAAAUUCAAAGAGAAACAAGAGAACUAGCAGAGCAUGAAUAUAAUGAAAAACUCGACAGACGAGUGGCUAAAGCUUUAAAACAAGCUGAAGAAAAGUAUGAGAGAGAAAAGGCUAAAGCUUUAACAAUAGCUAGAGAAAGACAUGAAAUAGAAAAGGCUAAAGCUUUAAAAAAAGCUGAAGAAAGACACAAGAAAGAAGUGGAUGAAGCCUCUAAAGUUGAAGAAAAAAACAAGGCAAAAGCUUUAAAAGAUGCUAAAGAAAAAUAUGAGAGAGAAAAGAAUAACGCUUUAAAACAAGCUGAAGACAAAUUCAAGAAAGAAAAGGCUGAAGCUGAAGCAAAUACUUCAUACAGAUCAAAACGAGCUAGUGACUGGAGUCACUAUGUUCCUGUUAUUGGAGGAGCUGCUGGAGGUUUAGUUGGUAUUUUUGAAGACAUCAUAUACUAAUAUUCUCAAUAUCAAGCUCAAAACCUGAGCAGUGAAUUUAGGUAUAUUGGGACAAAUUAUUGUUUAAUGUAAUAACUCUUUUUAAAAUGCAACAGUUAUUAGGAUGUUUUGGUUAUAGUUAUAUAAACCUAGACAGGAUGAUCAGGACCCCGACUCUUAUUACAGAGCUAAUAAUUAGACACAUUAAUAUUGAUUUGAGUUGAAUUAUUUUAUCAGCUCUUUCAAUGCAAUGCUUCCACAAAGACAUAAAGUUGCUAACAAACUUUGAAGUUUGAACAGUUGCUUUUGGUAGUCAAAUUUUGUCUAUAACACCUUAACCCUUGCAUUUUAUAAAGAGUUAUUAUUAUGUAGAUUACAUUGAAAAAGAGAAACUUAUUGUACACUGCUAUCAUAAUCAGAAUGAGCUGUUAAUGCCAUGUUCACACACACACACACACACACACACAAGGAAUUUGUCUUGGUGAGAGGAGAAGCUUCUAGUGCAGUUAUGAUUUGUCCCAAUAUACCUGAAAUCUACAGGAAAGAAUUAAAAGAGAAUCAAGGGAACAAGCAAAGCGGGGUGGGGUGUUCAUUAGAUGUAAAAUUUUAAGAGAAGAUAGAUACAUACCCUAUGUAUUGCCAAACGUUUUGAGACACCGGCCUUUACGUGCACAUGAACUUCAAUGACAUCCCAUUCUUAAUCCGUAAGGUUUAAUGUGGAGUUGGACGACCCUUUUGCAGGGAAGGAUUUCCACAAGGUUUAGGAGUGUGUUAAUGAGUGUGAUUUUUGACCAUUCUUCUAGAAGCACAUUUGUGAGGUCAGGCAGUGAUGUUGGCGAGAAGGUCUGGCUCACAUUCUCCGCUCUAAUUCAUCCCAAAGGUGUUCAAUCAGGAUGAGGUCAGGACUCUGUGCAGGCCAGUCAAGUUCUUCCACAACAAACUCGCUCAUCCAUGUCUUUAUGGACCUUGCUUCGGUCCAUAAAGCAAGGUGCGCAGUCAUGAUGGAACAGGAAGGGGCCAUCCCCAAACUGUUUUCACAAAGUUGCUUUUAUACACCUGUGGCCAUGGACGUGAUUGGAACACCUGAAUUCAAUGAUUUGGAGGGGUGUCCUAAUACUUUUGGCAGUAUACUGUAUUAGUCAUUGUAAAUUAGCUCAUGAGGAAGAACCUUGUGUUUUAGUGACUCAGAGGCCAACCUCAUGAUGAAGAUAUGGUGGAUGAGGGGCUACAAUCAUUAUCUUACACCAGACUAGUUUAGUUUUCAGACAAAUGGUCUAUAUGGUCUUUGUUUAUCUCUGGUUAUAAUGGAGUCAAAAUAAUUUCAACAAAGUUAAAAGUUCUAGCCUUAUCAUACCGAGGACACUCAGUGUCGACAAACACCUGAAAACAGGAAGUUCAGACAAAGAGACAGAACUGCAAUCUUCGACUUCCAGGACAUUUUAAGAACAGAAAUGAUGAGCUACAAAAGAUAUAUAAGAAACAAGACAGGCUAAAUUACUAUAUAUAUAAAAAAAAGUUAGACUGACAUCAACUGUUUUCAAUUUUUGUUUUGGUUUUAACAUUCAUGCAGGGGUGUUUUUUAAAUCGCAUACUUGUUCUGCACAUUUUAAAUCAGGCCAAUCAAUGGAUGGUUUUUAAUUAUGCUGAAAGAUGUGAUCAGAAAUAACAUGAUGUGAUUCAAUGAUUAGCAUUGGUUAGAAGGUCAUAGUGAUGCCACUCUGUCUUUGACUUUACACAUAUGCCAAAGCUCUAAAAGUUCACAAAUUGGCAGUUGUUUGCACAUUCAUUACCCAUAUCUGAUUUGAUCUCUAUAACUUGACAAACAACAUGGGCAAAUGUGUACUUUAGUCAACAAUCUAACUAAAGUUCUUCAGGAACAAGUUGUUGAACUCAGUGAAAUUUUCCCCUUCAUCUGAAAUAGAAAGUCUAAGUGAGAUACUUGGAAUCAUUUGAAGCAUUUUAGCAGCUGUAAUUUCAAGAUUGUAUAUCAUAUUGCUCCUGUACAUUACAUCUCAUUGUUGAUUUGCUUUGUCAGAUCACUUAACUGCUAUAAAACAACAGUCUAUGACACAUUCCCCCAAACAGACGCCAGUACGCGGUAUGACAGAAGAGACCUGUUCUUUUCUUUAAAAGGACAUGUAGAAGGGAAGAGUCUGGUCAGAUCACCUGAGCUUUUCAAAGUAUGUUUGAUAAUGAUGAUGAAAGUUUGCUUGCAUUCAGUCAGUUUGUGUUUGCAUAUAUGAUUGGGGGGGCAACCAUAUAUUUGUGUUGCGGUUUAUUUUCUUCUAUUCAUUUAUAAUCUUUUUUAUUAUUCCAUUUAAUGAAAUAACCAUUUUUAAUAACCAUCUAUAUACUAAUUUUACUGAUACAUAUAUUGUUUCAUCAUUUUCUAUUAUUUUUCCCUUCCUGUUUAAUCUUGUUUAGUUAAUGUUAGGUGCUGUUGUCUUCACAAACAAGCAAGAGAUCAGAGAAUGUCUCCAUUUAAAGGUUUUUAACAUCACGGGAGGAUUUUGUGAAGCAGCAGUUUUCCAUUGCUUGUGAUAUAAUAACAGAAGGAUUUGUGCUGGUCAAAUGAAGUUUGACUGAGCAUUGAAACAGCACUGAACUAAUAUUACUCAAUAAACUUUGAUUAUUUUACCUUCA